CUUUUCAAGACACUCGCAUUUUCUUUCCCCAAACUCAAAUUUUCAGAAACUCGCCUUCUCUCUCUGUAAGGUUCCAAGUCACCGUCGCAGAUCUAUUCUCUCUAACCCUAAUCUUCACCGGCGGAGCUAUCAGAUCUCGCCCAUCUCUGCCUUCUCCAGCUCUAUUUCUCCGGACUCUGUGGUUUACCAUCUUCUCAGCUCAAGAAGUAGAGGAGGAUGGAAAAUCUGAUCUCUCUGGUGAACAAGAUUCAGAGAGCUUGCACGGCUCUCGGCGACCAUGGAGAUUCCAGUGCCUUGCCGACUCUCUGGGACUCCUUGCCUUCUAUCGCUGUUGUCGGUGGACAGAGUUCAGGAAAGUCUUCAGUCUUGGAGAGUAUUGUCGGAAAGGAUUUUUUACCCCGUGGAUCCGGUAUUGUUACACGAAGACCCCUUGUCUUGCAGUUGCAUAAGAUCGAUGAAGGAAGCCGGGAGUAUGCAGAGUUUCUUCACCUCCCGAGGAAGAGGUUGACCGAUUUUGCUGCUGUGAGGAAGGAGAUUCAGGACGAGACUGACAGAGAGACUGGCCGCACCAAGCAGAUUUCCAGCGUUCCAAUUCACCUCAGCAUAUAUUCUCCCAAUGUUGUGAACCUUACACUGGUUGAUCUUCCUGGGCUCACAAAAGUUGCUGUUGAGGGACAACCUGACAGUAUAGUGCAGGAUAUUGAAAACAUGGUCCGAGCUUUCAUUGAAAAGCCCAACUGCAUCAUAUUGGCAAUUUCACCUGCCAACCAAGAUCUUGCUACAUCAGAUGCCAUAAAAAUUUCUCGUGAGGUCGAUCCAUCUGGAGAGAGAACAUUUGGUGUCUUGACAAAGAUAGACCUUAUGGACAAGGGAACUGAUGCAGUCGAUAUCCUGGAAGGGAAAGCUUACAGACUCAAGUUUCCAUGGGUCGGUGUUGUCAAUCGUUCCCAAGCAGAUAUUAACAAGAAUGUUGAUAUGAUAGCGGCACGGCGUAGAGAGAAGGAGUAUUUUGCCAAUACUACGGAGUAUAGGCAUCUGGCUCACAGAAUGGGUUCCGAGCAUUUGGCGAAAAUGCUCUCCAAGCAUCUAGAACAAGUGAUCAAGUCAAGGAUUCCUGGCCUCCAGUCACUUAUCCAAAAAACGGUAUUGGAGUUGGAAACAGAAUUGAGUCGCCUUGGGAAGCCUAUUGCAGCUGACGCAGGGGGAAAGUUGUACUCAAUCAUGGAGAUUUGUCGGCUUUUUGAUCAAAUAUUCAAGGAGCAUCUUGAUGGAGUGCGACCUGGUGGGGAGAAGGUAUAUAACGUAUUUGAUAACCAGCUUCCGGCAGCUCUGAAGAGACUCCAGUUCGACAAGCAGCUGUCAAUGGACAACAUCCGAAAGCUUGUGACUGAGGCAGAUGGUUACCAACCUCACUUGAUUGCUCCUGAGCAAGGUUACAGACGUCUCAUCGAGUCCUCCGUCAUCACCAUCCGCGGCCCUGCCGAAGCUUCUGUUGACACUGUUCAUGCAAUUUUGAAGGAUCUGGUUCACAAGGCUGUCAGCGAGACCCUGGAACUAAAGCAAUACCCGGCUCUUAGAGUCGAGGUUACGAAUGCGGCAAUUGAGUCGCUUGACAGAAUGAAAGAAGGGAGUAAGAAAGCAACACUGCAGCUGGUGGACAUGGAGACUGGUUACCUCACCGUUGAUUUCUUCCGGAAACUACCUCAGGACGUAGAGAAGGGCGGUAACCCAACUCACUCUAUUUUCGACCGCUACAAUGAUUCUUAUCUCAGACGCAUUGGAUCGAACGUGCUGUCAUACGUGAACAUGGUCUGUGCCAGUCUGCGUCACUCAAUCCCCAAGUCAAUUGUGUACUGCCAAGUCCGAGAAGCGAAACGCAGCCUCCUCGACCACUUCUUCGCCGAACUUGGCACCAUGGACGCGAAGAGACUCUCGGCCCUGUUGAACGAAGAUCCCGCGGUCAUGGAGAGACGCAGCGCUCUCUCGAAACGGCUCGAGCUAUACCGGGCUGCUCAAUCCGAGAUCGAUGCUGUGGCGUGGUCCAAGUGAAACCGAGAUAAACCCACCGGUUUGGUCGGUUCAUCAGAUCUGUUUGGUUGUGGGAUGAGGUGUCGUUUUUUGUGUGAGAUGGGUGUUCCCGGGAAGACGACGACACCACACCGUGUCGUUUUAUAUAGCCGUUUGUUACAUUUCUCUGUUUGUGUCGUCUCUUUGUUUGUAAUACUAAUAAAAUACUAUUGAUUUUCUUCUUUUUAUGU